AUGCCGCGUAUCAUGAUAAAAGGCGGCGUUUGGCGCAAUACCGAGGAUGAAAUCCUCAAAGCGGCGGUUAUGAAAUAUGGCAAAAACCAAUGGUCUCGUAUCGCCUCACUGCUUCAUCGUAAGUCGGCUAAGCAGUGUAAAGCUCGUUGGUAUGAAUGGCUGGAUCCUAGCAUCAAGAAGACCGAGUGGUCGAGGGAGGAAGACGAGAAGUUGCUCCAUCUCGCCAAGUUGAUGCCAACACAAUGGAGGACUAUUGCACCUAUAAUUGGACGAACAGCUGCUCAAUGUUUGGAGCGAUAUGAAUAUUUACUGGACCAAGCACAAAAGAAAGAGGAGGGAGAGGAUAUUGGAGAUGAUCCUCGAAAACUUAAGCCUGGAGAGAUUGACCCUAAUCCUGAGACCAAACCAGCUAGGCCUGAUCCCAAGGACAUGGAUGAAGAUGAGCUGGAAAUGUUAUCAGAAGCUCGGGCUCGCUUAGCUAACACUCAAGGAAAAAAGGCUAAAAGGAAGGCUAGAGAAAAACAACUGGAAGAAGCCAGACGGCUAGCUGCAUUACAAAAGAGGAGAGAAUUAAGUGCAGCUGGAAUAUCAGUGCCUAUGAGACGUAAGAAGAAGCGAGGUGUAGACUACAACUCAGAAAUUCCAUUUGAGAAGAGGCCAGCUGCUGGGUUCUUUGACACUUCUGAAGAGGUUGUUGACCCCAUGGCUCCAGACUUCUCAAGACUGCGACAGCAACACCUGGACGGAGAGUUACAGUCGGAGAAGGAGGAACGUGACCGUCGUAAAGACAAGGGCAAGUUAAAGCAGCGUAAGGAGAAUGAUGUCCCCCAGGCGAUGUUGCAAGGAGACCAACCGGCCCGCAAGAGAAGCAAACUUGUGUUGCCAGAACCACAAGUUACUGAUCAGGAACUCCAACAAGUAGUGAAACUGGGUCGGGCGUCGGAAGUAGCGCGGGAAUCAGCAGGUGGAGCGGGCGCUCCCACCGAUGCUCUGCUCGCUCAUUACGCUCUCACGCCCGCUCCCGCUACGGCCUUGCGGACGCCUACUGUUCAACAUGACAGGAUAAUGAUGGAAGCCCAAAACGUGAUGGCUCUAACGCACGUAGACACACCUCUAAAGGGGGGACUCAACACGCCCUUACACGAAUCGGACUUUAGCGGAUCUUUGCCUCAGUCGCAGGCCCCGGCCACGCCCAACACUGUACUAGCCACGCCCUUCAGAUCAUCACGCAGUGAAGUGUCCACUCCAGGAAGUUUUGCUACUCCGGGACAUAAUCAAACACAAACUGCACUAAUGACUCCAGGUCUAAGAGACAAGCUAAGUAUAAACCCAGAAGAUGUAACAGCUGGUGAUACUCCAGCAGAAAACCGUCAAAUACAAAAACAGUUAAAAUCGUCAGUUCGAAGCGCGCUUCUGUCUUUGCCGACACCGAGAAAUGACUAUGAGAUUGUGGUCCCCGACCAAGAUAAUGAAGAAAGCUCAGAGUCUUCCUUCGAAUCCAGGAUCGAAGACCAGGCUGACGCUGAUGCCAAGUUCGCCAGAGACCAAGAAGAGAAACGCCAAGCAGCCCUAGCGCUUCGUAGCGCAGCCAUCCGUCGAGGCUGCGUGCGUCCGGUGCAAGUGUCCCCAAUGGGAGCCCGGGGAUCAGCCCCUCUCACGCCCCUGCAACGAGCGGAGGAACUGCUCAAGGCUGAAAUGAUGACCAUGCUACAUUAUGACGCAUUGCAUGACCCUAAUUUGCCCGUGACAAGUGAAAAGAAAUGGUCAGUCCAACAACAGGCAUCCCACUUAGCAUAUCUGGAACAGAAUCCCUACGAAGAAUUUACGGCUGAAGAAUUGCAAGGUGCAAGAUCCCUCCUUGAUAGCGAGAUGGAGGUCGUGAAAGCGGGCAUGGGCCAUGGAGACCUUAGUAUGGAUGCGUACACGCAGGUCUGGGAGGAGUGUUUGGCGCAGGUGCUAUUUCUACCGGGUCAAAACCGGUACACUCGUGCGAACUUAGCGAGUAAAAAGGAUCGGCUUGAAUCGGCCGAGAAAAGGCUGGAACAGAAUCGUGCCCAUAUGGCUAAAGAGGCCAAGAAAUGCACCAAAAUGGAGAAGAAAUUAAGAGUUUUGACUGGUGGGUACCAAAGCCGGACAGCCUCCCUGAUAAAGCAGUUCCAAGAACUGCAAGAGCAGAUCGAGCAGGCCAAUCUCGAGUUAUCAACAUUCCGGUUUCUCGCGGAACAAGAGAAAGCUGCAAUACCACGAAGAAUAGAGUCGUUAACGGAAGACGUGAAUCGUCAAACGGAUAGAGAAAAACAAUUACAAAGACGAUAUUCCGAGCUGCAGGCGGAAUUAGAAGACAUACACAAGAAGAAACAAAUGCCUGUACAACCGAAGAUACAAUAA